AUGGAGACUAUUUGCACUGAGCAUCAACCUCACCACUUUGUCAUGGGUGCCGCAGUCGAAUUCCCCUUCUGGGAACAGCCAGAGCCCUGGGAGGGUUAUCUCGAGUCAUGCAACCCGGAAUUUCAAAACCCUUUUGAAGAUCACUCUCCAGGAUCGUCCUUUGACGGGAACAUGAACUGGAUUGAUGGCUGUGAGCACUUAUACUACGCCCACAGUCCCAUCUCGCCCAUGGCUGUGCCCAGUGCCGCCGGCCAUCCACCCGAAGCCAUCAACUCUAUACCAAGCGAGGCUCCUCGGGCUCAAGCACAGGAAGCUCGCAUUUCAAACUCGAAUCACAAUACAAACCAGCAAAAACGAAAACGGAGACAGCCACAGAGCAUUACAAAAUCAACUAAUAGCGUCGACUCAAAACCAAAGCGGCCGUGCCGCUCGCGUUCAACAUCUUUCUCCCCCGUCAAUGUGGAUGUCCUGUCCAACAAGGAUGACAAUGAUAACGAUAGAGAAGAUGUCUAUCUAGAGCGGAGCCGUAUUGCAUCCAACAAGUUUCGAGAGCGUAAGCGCAACGAGAUUGCGCAGCUUGAGUCAGAGGAAUACACGAUAGAAGAUGCGAACCGGCAGCUACGAGGUAUGCUGGACGCGCUAACGAGCGAGAUUUUGUCCCUCAAAAUGCAGUUACUCCAGCAUACAAACUGCAAUUGCGAACUUAUACAGGCCUACAUUAGCAAGGAAGCACAUCAUUUCGUCAAGAGUCUACAGGGCGUCGCCAAGGGUUAG